UCUCCACCCCCGGCGAACUCUUGACCAGUUUUUCUACCACGGCAUCGACACGUCGGCGAGAGACACGGAUCAGGUAGUUUACCGCUACUGUAAAAGGUACUCGCUAGAGCCCAAAGUGUUCAUGGUCGAUCAGCUGUGGCUCUGGGUCAUCGGGAAAGAUCUUAUUAUUACGUGCUUCCCUCAGCGCUGGGACCAGCCUAAACAGGACCCUUUGAAUGUCUUGGACGGGAUUAUAGAAGAAACGAAUGCUAAAACGCGUCCGCCAAUUGGCUCUGUGUGAUGAUUUAGCGAUGCUCAUUACAAGCCGGUGUUCCGGUACGUUUGACCGGCACCGACUCGACGACCAAGACUUUCAGUUUCUGGAUAUGUUCGAAAGUUCCAUCGGCGAUGUUACGGAUCGCGAAAGCCAGCUGUUUAGCCGAUUCAACCGGGCCUCCGCGCAAUCGGCGCAGUGGCUACAAUAUCAUCGACGCCGCCGCCGACCGGCUCGCCUCCCUUCUUUCGGGACACCGGAUCCGUAUGAAGGGAGCGGUAUGGACAUGUUCCCGGAUGCGCUACUUGAUAUUGGCGUUGAGACCUCACUGCUAGCUGAGAUUAAGGACAUUCGUGACGAGUUAGAUCAGAUCACGGAGGAAUUGCGCGCCGAGGGACCCAACCGCCGCGCGACCGACGCCGCGCUCGCCGAGAUCCGGAAGCGCGGCCGGGAGCAGCUGCGGGGGCUGGAGGUGCGGCAGAAGGACAUCUGGCGGAUGGACCAGCAGGCGGCGUCGCUGUACGACAACUUGACGGACCUGCUGGACCUGAAGCAGAAGCACUCGAACGCGCUGGAGGCGCGGUUCGCUGGGGACCAGGCGGUGAUCGCGGCGAAGCAGGGGCAGACGAUCAUGGUGUUCACGAUCGUGACUAUCAUCUUCCUGCCCAUGAGCUUCAUCGCCGCCUUCUUCGCCAUCAACCUCCGCGAGUGGCGCGACGGCGACGCCCUCACCAUCCCCUACGUCAGCAAGUACAUGUUCGGAAUCGGCCUCGGCGUCAGCGUGCCCCUCAUCACCGUCGCGUUCGUCGUCGCGGAUAUCUCCGACGCCGCGAGGGAUCUGCUCGCCACCGGGAAGAGAUGGCUGGGCGCAAAGAGGAGGGAACGGCGGCUAUCUACAGGUGGGGAGAAGAAACGCGACGAAGAGAUGAUUCCGGAACAGGAGACGUACGUCCCCCCGCCGAGAACGUCCAUGUCGCUAUCGCAGCGGGAGCGCCGCGGCGGCGGGUUUAGCAGAGACUUGCAGACGGACGGACUGUCGGCGAGGACGAGGCCGAGACAUAGCCGCGACCGCAGCGACGACUACUACGGCAACGGCUACGGAUACUACGCCGCGGCGAGGUUGUCGCCCACGUCGGGGCGGCGCGGAUCCCUGGCCCCGAGGAAAGUUAGUUUUGGCGACGCGCCCGGAAACGGCCAUGCGACCGGGGGCCCUUGGAUGCGACCGAGUCUUGACCGUAGUCGCGGGAGAAGAGUCAGUGAAGACUUGGAGAAGGGACGGCGAGCGUAUGGGUGAGAAGCUGGGGGCGGGGCAUGAUGUGAAGAAUUUAACAGACAGGAAUAAUAAUAUACGGGCGUGGACGAGUCGCGGGAAGGAUUUAGAUGUUUUAACAAAAAGCCAAAAAAGCCAAAAAAGUACACGAUAUAUACCCAAGCGAAGUUUAUAAUUUAGGUAUGAUCU